AUGGAACAUACUUUCGAGCGUCUGGUUCGAUUCGAAUCCGACGAUGGCACUACCCUGUAUGGAGACGUCACGGAUGCCUCGGCCGUGUCCAAUCUGGCUGGUGCGACGGUCAACGUUCUGGACGGCAAUCUCGAAAAUGGCUUUUCAAAGACCACGCGGACAGCUACUAUAAAAAAGGUUCUGUCUCCGCUGCCUGCUGUGCACUAUUUCAUCUGUAUUGGCCUCAACUACAAAAAACAUGCUGAAGAAGCAAACCUCGCCAUUGCCGAGAAUCCCGUCAUGUUCGCCAAGCCGCCGUCUGCUCUGGCAGGGCCCGACGAGGCGAUCAUGAUCCAUCCCAUUGCCCAGUCGCAGCUGGACUACGAGGGCGAGCUCGGCGUCAUCAUCGGCCGCGAUGCCAAAGACGUGUCCGAAGAGGACGCGCUGGACUACGUCUUCGGCUACUGCAACUCCAACGACGUGUCGGCGCGCAACUUUCAGAUGCCGGCGAGCGUGUCGGGCGGCCAGUUUUCCUUUUGCAAGUCCUUUGACGGGUUUGCGCCUAUAGGGCCCAUCAUCGCCUCUCCCAAGGUUGUGGCCGACCCCCAGGCGCUGGCGCUGGUGACCACGGUGAAUGGCGAGCAGAGGCAGGCAUCCACGACGGCGGACAUGAUCUGGUCCGUCAGACAGCUCAUUGCGUUUGCGUCGCAGGGCACGACGCUGAAAAGGGGCACGUUGAUCAUGACGGGUACGCCCUCAGGUGUUGGACUGUUCAUGGAGCCCAGGAAGUUUCUCAAGGACCGCGACGUUGUUGAAAUUAGUUUUGAUGGGCUCGGCACGCUGCGCAAUAUCAUGCAGUUCCAAAGAAAUUAG